AUGGAAGCUAGAGAUGGUGUUCAGUGUACUCUGUGUUUGAAGCAAUACGACUUUCCGUGUGCUGGAAUAACCGAGAUUGGUUUUCGAAAACUUGGCGAUAGGAAAGCAACGUGGAAAUGUAAUACUUGUAAAAAUACUAGCUCCGGAAAUCCAGCUCCUGGUCGUUCCAAUUUUUGCACUCCAUGUGAUCUCGACGGUAUUCGUGGUGAGUUACGUGGACUCUCUGAACAAAUGUCAUCAUUGCCUAAGUUACUAGAUUCGGUAAAAAAUAUUCAGGCUGAUUUGGCCGAUCUUAAAACGAUUAAAUCAGUACGCGCGGAGAAUACAGCAAUUACCGAUCAAGACGAUGAUGCCACGACAUCAAGCUCCACGGUUUCAAAGACGAAAAAUAGGAAGUAUGAUGAAUCAUAUAUCAGUUUCGGAUUUGUUGAUUCCAACGGCUCACCUCUCUGCAUGUUAUGUAGUAAACUGCUUCCUAAUAGUUCCAUGGCAGCUGCCAAAUUGCGCAGACAUUUAGAAACUGUACACCCCGAGUCUAAAGACAAGGAUAAAGAAUUUUUUGUUCGUAAAAAAGAACAGUUAUUGGAAAGUCCAAAAAAUAUGAUGCAUGUAACACAAACUAUCUAUGAAAAGGCCAAAGAGGCAUCAUAUUUAGUUAGCUAUCGUAUUGCACAAGCAGGUGAAGCACACAAUAUCGCUGAGAAUUUAAUAAAGCCAUGUGUGUUAGACAUAACAAAAUGUAUGCUCGAUGAAAAAUCUGCAAAGCAUCUUUCUACUGUACCGCUAUCAAACAAUACUGUUUCACGGCGAAUCCAUGAUCUGGCAAGCUACGUCAAACAAGAACUAGUUGCACGUCUACAAAAAACACGAUUCGCCUUGCAAAUGGAUGAGUCAACUGAUGUCACUGGUCUGGCUAUCUUGCUGGUUAUCGUGAGAUAUCCAUAUGAACGUUCUUUUGAAGAAGACAUGCUUAUGUGUUUACCGCUGCCCACAAACACUACCGGGGAAGAAAUUUUUAAUAAAAUAAACAUAUUUUUUAAGGAAAAUAAUCUUAGUUGGAACGAUUGCGUUGACAUUUGUACGGAUGGGGCCAAGGCGAUGACAGGUAAAACAGCAGGAGCAGUAUCAGGAAUAAAAAAUAAAGCGCCUAAUUGUAGUUCCAGCCACUGUAUUCUGCGAUGA